AUGGAACACAACGACACCUCUUCUGCUUCUUCUUCUCGACCCCUCGACCUGCCACACACCCUCGAGGACAAGAAGAUCAAGGCCCUUCCACCCGCCUGCUACUACAUCUCAGAUUUCAUCACCGAAGAAGAGGAAAAGGCGAUCUUGGACAAGGUCAAUACAGCUCCGAAAGCGAGAUGGCGACAACUCACUCAUAGGCGCCUCCAAACAUGGCCAUCCGAUCUCGUCAAAAACACCCUUCUCGAUGCCCGGCCACUCCCCGACUGGCUCGAACAACCCGUCGUCGCACGUCUCCUCUCGAUCCCACUAUCCGACAGCCAACCCGAGAACAUGUUUCAUGACAGCCCUCACCAACGACCAAACCAUGUCCUGAUCAACGAAUACCCCCCAAACACCGGCAUCAUGCCACACAAGGACGGCGGCGCCUACCACCCCGUCGUUUGCACCGUGAGUCUCGGUUCUGCCCUCUGCUUGAACCUGUACAAGAGCAAGGAAGACGGCGCUUUAGACCUGGAGCCUGUCUGGCGCAUCCUCCAAGAGCCCCGGAGUCUCUUGAUCACAACCGCGGAUCUCUACACAGAGUAUCUCCAUGGCAUCGAGCCUAUCGCAACCGAUGUAGAGUUGUCGGAGAAGACGAUUGUGAACUGGGACCUCUUGCGUUCUCCAGAGCUAUACAAAGACGGCCUGAACCAGCGGCGGACACGUAUCAGCCUGACGUAUCGGGAUGUGCUCAAAGUCUCCAAACUGGGAAAUAAGCUGGGACCGAUGUUUAAGUGUCCCUGA